ACUGAAAGACAAUAUGAUACUUUAUCAGUUAUUCGACCCAAUGAAACUCCACAACAAUGGGGUAUUCGGGUCAGAGUUCCUUUACAAGAGCUGGUCUCUAAAAAGAAAAGAAGCAUAUAUCACGUACAUUGUUUAUUUGGAGCAUUUGGAAAUUCUAAGCUAGUUAAUCAUGAUUACUUCAGGCCUAGAAUCCAUAAGGCCAAUGUGUCGAUAUGUCUGGAUUGUAUGAAGAGUAUUUAUGUUGAUAAUGUAAAACCAACAAAAACAUUUCAUUAUGCUAGAAAUAGAUAUGUCGAAAUUAUCAAGCCAGAAGAUUUUAUGAUCAAUCAUUGGGAUAAUGAAUCUAAAGAUGUACCAGCAUAUGCUCGAAAUUUACCUGAAAUGUUCCAUCAUUAUAGUACUAAAA